AUGACUCAACCUCUCUCACUUCGUGCCGCCAGCUCACGCCACCCCGGAUCCUCUGUUGCCUCUAUUCAGAGGAUCGUGACGAGGCUAGAGACCGGAUUUACGCCUCAGCAAGUCGGCAGACCGCGGGUCCUCACAGACGAAGAAGAUGAAGCUAUCGUGGCCUUCGUCAUCUGGAUGGAGAGGUCCGGAUUUCCCGCCUCUAAGCCUGAGAUAGAAGAUGCCGCCACAACCCUCCGUCAGCGCAGGAACCCUGAUGCCGAUCCCGUCAGCAAGAUGUGGUAUGCUCGCUUCCGUGACAAUCAUCCUGAGCUUGAGCAGGCAUUCCUCAAAGCCGCAGAACAGUCUCGUGAGUCCUGGGAAGCCGGCGGUCUCGAUGACCUCAAACAGUGGUUCAAGAACCUUACUGAGACCAUCCGGAGUCAUAAUAUCAGCGCUUCUGAGUGCUGGAAUACUGACCAGGCCGGUAUUAGGAUCGGUAUCCUCAGGGAAAGCGUUAAAGUCCUCGUCGUACGGACAAGGCGAAGGACAAGGAAGCAGGUUCUCUCCCCUUCCAACCGGGAGACCUGUACCCUCAUCGGUACAGGCAGCGCGGCGGGUGAUACGAUGCCGCCGUGGCUUAUCUUCAAGACUUGGCCUACACUAGAUUGGGCGUAUAUAGAUGCCGAUCCUGAUAUCCGCUUCGCCCAGUCCGACACGGCCUUCUCCAACGGCGAGAUUACUCUCGAGUGGAUGAUACACUUCAACCGGUGUUCCUGGGCUAAGUCCGCUAAGGCACAGCAGAUCCUGUGCGAAAGCACGUUCAAUAUGAUAUUCCCCCCUAUCUCUCACGCCGCUGAUACGACUAUCUGGAGACUCAUCGUCUUUGACGGCUUCACGGGACACGGAGUCUUCGCCGUUAGAGAGUAUUGUGCGAAGUUCUGUAUCAUCACAGCUCCCUUGCCUCCUCACUCUACGCAUGUACUACAGCCGAUGGAUGUUGGGGUCUUUCAGCCGCUGAAGAACGCCCACCAGAAGCUUCUCGGCAAGUGGCUUCGGAAGGGCAAUAUCUCCUUCUCCCGCACUGACUUCGUCCGCGGCUUUCAGGAAGUCUUCGAGGAAGGAUUCACGGCACAUAAUAUCAUCUCAGGCUUCGAGAAGUCAGGCAUCUAUCCACCAAAUCCUAAGCCGGCGAUAGCAUAUCUGGCCAAGAAGCAGCUUCAGGCGAAGCAGGCUGUUGACCCGGCCUUUGCCUCCCUCCUUCCUCAGGAAUCUCGCUUCCAGGCCGCCGCAGAUACCGCCAAACGACUCUCAGACCGCUACGGCGAUACCUUCAGCUCCCCCACGCGUGCCGGACUUCGUCAGAUACGUAAUGUCGUCACGGAAGCUGUGGUUCUUGAAUCUACAGUCACUGCUUAUGUCGAUGACCGCCGGGCUCGGAUUGAGAAGAGAUACAACGCCACGAAAAGAGGGAAGAGAGCGAAGCCGAUAGGAGAUUUUAGUCACAACGUUAGUCUGCAGGAGAUUCGAGACCAGCAGGAGGAGGUUAUCGCCGAAGCCCGGCAGAAGGAGGAGAAGGCACAGGUCCGGACCGCUCGCAGCCUCGUCAUCCAGGAGAUGAAGAAGAUCAAGGACCAAUGGCGGCAAGAGAAAGAGAUCACCGUCGACGGCGUGAAGAAGAAGGCAUCGUGGGCUCAGUGGUUAGAGCACACAGGGAAGGACAUUGAGUAUUAUUCUAUGGAGACACAACGCUCGACUAUGCAUCAGAUACUUACCCAAAAGCCUGACCCUUUCAUGAUAGAUACGCAACUGCCGCAGGAAGUCCACGAAGCUAUUCACAACGCUAGUUUUGCCCCGAAACCCCUCAGCGCGAUGGACUGGACCGCUCUCGCAGGAAGUGACGAUAGUAUCACUUUCCAGCUCGAACCGGCUCCUGCCGAGGAAGAUGAAGAUGACGAGGAACUCCCUCUAUUCGAGCCUCUACUGCGGAUGCCCUCAUCGCCGCCGGUUACACCCUCACCGCCGCGGCUGCCGUCUUUGCCACCUGGACCCCCCUCCACGCCGUGCCCGAUACGGCCUCAACACCACAUAUCAGGAAUACAGAGGAUCACGGGCAUCAUCACACGAGCAAGGGCCGCACAAGAAGCCAGCCCGGAGGGCUAA